AUGGUGACAUUCGUUUGAGUAAAAUGCCAUAUAAACCCUUACCAUCUCCAACCUAUUAAAACAAAUAUCAUAUUUCAAUUUAAAACAUGUUUUUCAAACAUUUUCAAAAUAUUUGUCCUAACCAAUGUGGCCAACUCCCUCUUAACCGGCCCAAGAUCACCACAUGUUCUCUUAUCUUUUCUAUCAAUUUCAAGCCUAGCCACGAAUCAUCAUAGUUCUUGUAAUAUUAUGAAACCUCAACUAAGGUAGCAAAUGAACAGUAGUGUUGUGUGGCGUUCAUGUUGCCAUUGUUCUAACCAAAAAUCCCACCGGACAAUUUUAUUAUCGUCGGGCUUCAUAGUCGCUAGCCUGCAACCUGUUUCUUCCCGUUCUCCUCCUCCUGUGCUGCCGCAGCUACACUCCUAUAGUUAAGACAAAUCGUCGUUCUCUUCGGCAGUUCUAUUUAUUAGGAAACAAAUUCAACCGAACAACUGCUUAUCAAUGGCGAAUUAGACCUGUUGCAGCUGUUCAAUUCAUCCUUUCCACUCCAUUUUACGCUCAACGAACCGGUCUUCGUUGACGGUUACAAGUUGAUCUGUAGAUAUAUGUGGUGACAUUUGGUGAUUUUGUGAUGAAUUUGAUGUUGAUCUGAAGGUAUUUAUGGUGACAUUUGGUGAUUUUGUGAUGAAUUUGAUGUUGAUCUGAAGGUAUUUGAGGUGACAUUUGGUUACUUGAAUUGGAAAGAGGUUGAUUUGAAGAUAUUUGUGGUGACAUUUGGUUACUUAAAUUGGAAUCUGAGGGUGAUUAAUUGCUAGAUCUGGUUCAGUUACAUCGGUUGGUUAGUGUCGGACUUUUAGGGCAAAUUUCACUGGUUUCUGACAUGAUGUCAUGAUGAUGCGAUUUGUGAGGUGAUGAUGCUGUGAUGCAUUGAUGAUAUUUGCAUAAAAAUUUAGUCAACUCUGUUUACCGUAACUAUCUGAGAUUUGAAGUUACGAUAAGCUGCGGUUUUCGUGUAUGAUGCAAGUUGAAGUGAAAAGUAGUUUGGUAUAUCAUAGUGGCGUGUAAACCGAUAUUCGGAAGCAGAUUGUUCCGUUUCAAUAUGAGGAGACCGUUAUUUCAUAAACUUAAUUUAAUUUUCGGCCCUAGACCGCCAUGGAACUGGUUACUUCUGUGUUUCGUCAGUGUUCUUGCACUUACCGUUUUGUUACGUUCGUCUUCUUUUACCACCUUUGAAUCCGUCUCCUUUAGUAUAAAAUCGGACAUUUAUACAAACUACAGAAGACUAAAAGAGCAAACAACGAGUGAUUAUCUGGAGUUAACAAGUCUAUCAUACGGGGAUAGUAGUCAGAACGAGGUUAGGAUUUGUGGCAAAGAAAGAGAGCAUUAUGUUCCUUGCUACAAUGUUUCCGCAAAUCUAUUAGCAGGGUUUAAGGACGGUGAAGAGCUUGACCGGCAUUGUGAGUUAUCAAAGUAUCAUGAAUAUUGUUUGGUUCGUCCUCCGCGAGAUUACAAAACUCCUCUGAGUUGGCCAGUUGGUAGAGAUGUAAUAUGGAACGGAAAUGUAAAGAUUAGUAAAGACCAGUUUCUUUCUUCCGGGAGCAUGACAAAAAGGUUAAUGCUAUUGGAAGAGAAUCAAAUAUCUUUCCAUUCAGAUGACGAGUUAAUUCAUGAUGGGGUUAAAGAAUACUCUCACCAAGUUGCGGAGAUGUUAGGGUUGGGUAGUGAUGUCGAAUUUCUUCAAGCUGGAGUACGGACGGUACUUGAUAUUGGUUGUGGGUUUGGUAGCUUUGGGGCUCAUUUACUUUCACUGAAGGUAAUGGCGGUUUGUAUGGCUGCUUAUGAGUUAACCGGUAGUCAAGUUCAAUUAUCCCUUGAAAGAGGUCUUCCAGCAAUUAUAGGCAACUUCAUUUCAAGAAAACUUCCAUUUCCGUCAUUGUCAUAUGACAUGGUUCACUGUGCACAAUGCGGUAUCUUAUGGGAUAAAAAAGAUGGAAUGUUUCUUAUUGAAGCUGAUCGGAUCUUGAAGCCCGGUGGCUAUUUUGUUCUACAUGGAAGUUCAUUAAGUACAAAACAGGGAAGCAUGGCUAAACCUAUUGAAGAACUCACUCAAAAGAUUUGCUGGACAUUUAUAGCUCAACAAGAAGAAACUUUUAUAUGGCAGAAAACUAUUGAUCCUCAAUGCUACUCAUCUGGCAAGCAGGGUGUGAUUGCACCAUGUAGAGAAGGACACGAUGAUAUUCAAUCUUAUUAUCAGCCACUUGCAUCUUGUAUAGGUGGGACCGCCAGCAAACGCUGGGUCCCAAUUCAGAACAGGUCUUCCAGUUCUCAAAUAACCCCUGCUGAGCUGGAAAUUCAUGAAGUUCAGCAAGAUGAAUUCUACGAAGAUUUCGAGUCUGCACGGAUAGCGUUGAGAAACUACUGGUCUUUGCUCACACCGUUAAUUUUUUCUGAUCACCCCAAGAGGCCUGGGGAUGAAGACCCGUUACCGCCGUAUAAUAUGAUACGAAAUGUCAUGGACAUGAAUGCAAAUUACGGUGGGUUAAAUGCUGCGUUUUUAGAAGCGGGCAAAUCUGUUUGGGUGAUGAAUGUGGUCCCACUUGGGACCCGUAAUACACUCCCGCUCAUACUUGAUCAAGGUUUUGCUGGUGUUUUGCAUGACUGGUGUGAACCCUUUCCAACUUAUCCACGGACAUAUGACCUGGUUCAUGCGAAUGGACUCCUCUCGAUCCUUAUUUCUGAGGGAUGCAGCAUGAAAAGCUUACUUUUGGAGAUCGAUCGAAUUCUACGCCCCGAGGGUUGGGUUGUUCUUUCGGAUACUUUGGGACUUAUAGAGAAAUCCCGAACGAUCGCGACACAAAUACGAUGGGAAGCAAGGGUAGUUGAUCUUGAAAACGGAAGUGACCAAAGGCUACUUGUAUGUCAAAAGCCAUUUGUAAGAAAAUGAAUCUCUUUUCCUUAGUGAAGAUGUAACCACACACACACACACACACAAGCAUAUACAUACAUAUAUGACGAGUGAUUCAUCAAGGCGUGGUGUUUAAGUGGAUAAAAAACAGCAUGAGAUACAAAGAAAAACGAACAUGUGCAAGAUGUAGAUUAGAGGAAGUUUUGUAACCGUGUAUCGAGUGCUUUUUGAAAGUGUGGCUAUAUGUUACGCCCGUAUAUUGUGUCAUUUUGUUCUUUUGUUUUGUUUUGUUUAUUUCUGUAAUUGAAGCUACAUUUUGUACCCAAAAACAUUAUAUGUCAAGAAAUAGGUGUCUUCGGGCAACCUAAUAUAUGAAAUA